AUGGAAAACAGCUUGACAGAGCCUGCUGAGGGUGGCAAGGCAGACGGCGAGACCGAGAUAGGGUAUAUGUACAUGUUCGAGGCUGACGAAGAGAAGCUGCCGCCGUUCGAGAAGCCGAACGGGAUCCGGAUCCUCAAGAAGAUCAAUAAGCCCUUCAAGCCCCCCGAGGUAGGCAUCCCACCCUACAUUGUUGAUUGUUACGGCCAUGAAUACAUUAAAUCUAAUCACGGAGACCCAGGGGGUGCUUCCAUGUACCACUCCGUCUCGUAUUGGAAGCUCUGCAACGGAGAGAGCAUCAAGACGCGGUGGCAGACACCAGCAAUCAAUAGCCCCUGGAUACCUACAUCCAUACUUGUUAGAAUGAUCCGCCAAGUUCUCAGCAUGUUCCAAUGGCUGUACACGGCUGGCGACCAGCCAGUCUAUCACGGCGAUGCUCACAUGGGCAACAUCUGGAUUCACUGGCCCGAGGAUACUAUGCUACCUGACUUUUACCUAGGUGAUUUCGGCCACGCCCGUUUUGCGGACGAGGAAAUCCUGUUGGAUUUGGAAGGCGGUUAG